CUUGUGCAAUCAGAAUCUGUUGGGGAAAGCGUUUCGUUUGACGUCACCUCACCCGAUAGCCAAUCAGAACGCUGCUAGCUUUUCCUCUCGGUGGGCUGGGUUAAGUCCAGCGGAGACGCGAUCUCUAGGAGGAGGCGGCGGCGGUCGCUAAAGUCAGGCUUGUGUAUCGCGAUAAGGACCCCCUCAACCGCGGUGACUGGGAGGGGCUCGGAGUGUGCGAGCACGCCCCCGGCAACCAGGUCUAGAAAACAAUCUCAUCCAGAAGUACGUCUUCAAACCAGAGACUGCACUGACAUAAGCCACAUGGAUUAAUAAGGGAUUACAGAAAGGAGGGAGACAAACUAAUCGAGGGGAGGGGGGCAGAGGGCUGCAAGACAUAGUCUGCUCCCCUCACCCUCGAGGUUUGGAGGAGGAGGGGAGGCGACAACCAAAGGGAAGCCCCUGGAUCAUAAAGAAGAACCAAGCUUCAAUCCUCAUUUUUAUCCUCUUACUGUCCCACCCCUUCUUUUGUUUUUUGUUUGUUUGUUUGUUCCCCCCCCCCCUCUUAUUUCAAUAUGUUUCUUUUAUCUAUCCCGCUUAUUUUGUAAUUAGCAUGGGGAGAUAUAUUUCAUAGUAAUCUAUCCCUUCACCCCUUAUCCUCCUUCCUAUUUCUCCCAUUCCCUCCCGGCUCUGUGUGGGGCUAUGCUGCACCAUCCAGAUCCCUCCCCCCAUCUCCACGAUGCCCGCAGGAACUGUCAAGUCAUUUAAACCCAGCAAGUACAUCCCUGUGGCUGCAGCAACAGUCUUUCUGGUGGGAUCAACUACGUUGUUCUUCACAUUCUCAUGCCCCUGGCUUAGUGAAGAGGUGUCCCCAGCACUUCCUGCUUAUAACGCUGUCAUGUUUCUCUUUGUUUUGGCCAAUUUCAGUAUGGCCACUUUCAUGGAUCCUGGAAUCUUCCCUCGAGCGGAUGAAGAUGAAGAUAAAGAAGACGACUUCCGUGCACCACUUUAUAAGACAGUGGAAGUACGAGGCGUACAAGUUCGCAUGAAGUGGUGCUCAACAUGCCGCUUUUACAGACCUCCCCGAUGUUCACACUGCAGUGUCUGUGACAACUGUGUGGAGGAAUUUGACCAUCAUUGUCCCUGGGUAAACAACUGCAUUGGACGCAGGAAUUACCGUUACUUCUUCCUGUUCCUGGUGUCUCUAACGUUACACAUAAUGAGUGUCUUUAUCUGCGGCCUUUUCUACACAUUGGGGCAUCCUGACCAGCUGCGAGACAUCCCAGCAGCUGUGACUAUUUCUGUGAUGUGUGUGGCUGGAUUAUUUUUCUUUCCUGUUGCUGGCCUUACUGGCUUCCACAUUGUGCUUGUGUCAAGAGGUCGUACCACAAAUGAACAGGUCACAGGGAAGUUCCGUGGAGGAGUAAAUCCUUUUAGUGAUGGCUGCUAUCGAAAUGUAAGCCAUGUACUAUGCAGCUCUCCACCACCCAGGUACCUUAAACGUAAUCACACUUAUUCAGUGGUCUCUGUUUCACCACCAUUUAUCCGUCCGGCAGUAUCUGAAAGUCAGAUUGGCCUUAAAAUCCUGGACAAUGGGGUGCAGAGUCCCCCUCAGCACUACCAGUCACGGAGCAGUUUAGAGUUGACAGAGUCUCAAUCAGCUGACGCGGAUCCACCUCCACCACCAAAACCAGAUUUAAGCCGAUACGCAGGACUAAGAGCACAGCUAAUCCUGGGAGAAAGAGAAGAGAGUGCUCCAUUAAAUGCAGAGAGCCCCCCUACUCCCACUAUGUACAGAUACCGUCCAGGAUACAACAGUGGUCCAGGAUUUAGCAGUGGUGGAAGCAUACCAUCAUCUGGAGCCAAGCUCUCUCGUGUAGACAGUCUUCAGGACUCUCCUGUCCCUACAUCGGAUCUAUCCCGGCCCCCAAGUUCUCGCUCUGAACCUAGUCUGGAGCCUGAUCCUUCCUGUCACCCACCACCUGCUCGCUCCUCUAGCUUACGGUCAGCUACAGGUGGUCCUGGACCACUGCCAUCUCUUCCUUCUGAAGGGACAACAUCCACUUCCUACAAGAGUCUUAAUCAGACACAGAAUGGCAGCCUAUCGUACCAGAGUUUGCUCAGUCCCUCUGAUGAAACAGAGACAGAAACAGCCGGAAUCUCCUCCCCCUAUCUUUCAACCAGGGAGCGUCCUCGUCCAGCCUGUCCUCCUCCUAUUGCCCCUCGAUAUGGCAAGCCUAGGAUCAGCCACCACCGAAGUGGGGAUACAGAUGUAGCCGCUCUGCCCCUUCUAACACUAAAGGAUCAGUCUCCUGUGAAGUCUCCGCAUUCUCGCAGUAAUGGCCAGGCUACUGUCUCUCCUCCGGUUAGCCCAUCACGUCCAGGGGGCGUAAAGACUGUAUCCGGUGUGGGUGGAACUACAUAUGAGAUAUCUGUAUGAGAAGACGAGACCUUAGAGACACAGAGACUGUCACAAAAAGACAGCACACCAGCGUGAGCAUCAGAGAUGGCCAGUGCUGGCACUUUCCUGUCUGGCCCCUACUGUUCAGUUGCAGCCACCUGUGGGAUUUUUGAGAUUUUGCUUUGGGUUUUUAUUAUGUUUCUAUUCAGAUUUUAAUACCCCCUUUCUGUCCACAUAAAUCUGAUUUGAUAGUACAAGUCCACAGUGGACUCACAGGGCAGUAUUUGUCUGGCAAAUAUUUACUUUUGUGGUCUUUUUGGGGAGUGAUCUUUGUUAAUGACAGAUCAGUAAUUCCCUUUUUUCCACAGUGCUUUUGAUUUUUUUUUUUUUUUCUGCAUCACCAGAGGAUUAAUGACCCUAUCUGUCCGUUACCGAUGAUAUAUCUACAGGUUAUCCUGUGAGGAUUCAGGAGUAGGAAGUUUUUUUCCUCCUCUUAUGAUGUGUGGAUAGUGGGGGCACUACUCUUUUUAAUGUUUAUACUUUUUAUUUUUCUUUAUCUGAGAGGGGAUGUGAUCUGCACAAAUUUAUAAAUACAUAUAAAUAUAUAUAUAUAUUAUUUUACAGUUGGGGCGCAGGCAAUAAAUCUCCCUUCCCCACCUCCCUGACAAGGGUACUUUGAGGGAGGGUGCCUUCAUUUUUAUUAUUUCAUUUACAAAAAUGAAUAAAAGACCAAAAUGCGGAAA